UGUAAACAAGACCUUUGACCAGAGAGGAAUAAACGUUUUUUGAGGUUGAGAUAUACAAUUAUAGAAGAACAAUUUUAAAAUGGCAGCAAGGCAGCUCCCUAAAACAAUGAGAAAAAUUGUAGCAUUCCAGUUCAGUCCUAAAUUCAGAGAGUCAACAAAGAUAACAGAAGUACCGGUACCAACUCCUGGACCUUCAGAGGUGUUAGUCAGAAAUAGAUAUGUUGGUAUAAAUGCCUCUGAUAUAAACUAUACUGCUGGACGAUAUGAUCAAACAUUAAAACUACCUUUUGAUACAGGUUUUGAGGGUAUUGGUGAAGUAGUUGGAGUAGGAGAUGGCAGUAAAUUGAAAAUAGGUCAAACUGUUAUUUAUUUAAAUUAUGGAGCUUUUUCAGAAUAUAAGACAGUUAAAAAUGUGAUACCAUUACCUAGCUUAAAGGCUGAAUUUUUACCAUUAAUAUUAAGUGGAUUGACUGCAUCUAUUAGUCUAGAUAAGGUUGGUGAAAUAAAAUCUGGCGAAACAGUACUAGUUACAGCUGCUGCAGGAGGAACUGGUCAAUUUGCUGUUCAAUGGGCUAAAAAUGCUGGUUGUCACGUGAUUGGUACAUGCUCAAGUGAUGAAAAAGUAGAUUUUUUAAAGAGUAUUGGUUGUGAUCGACCUAUCAAUUAUAAAACUGAAGUAUUAAAAGAUGUUCUGAAAGCUGAAUAUCCUAAAGGUAUAGAUGUUAUAUAUGAAUCUAUUGGUGGAGAAAUGUUCGAUACGUGUGUAAACAGUCUAGCAGUUAAGGGUAGACUAAUUAUUAUUGGGUAUAUAUCAGGAUAUGAAACACAAAAAGGUUUUACACCAUCCAGAUUAGCAACUUUACCUCAAAAGCUCCUACCUAUAUCAGCCAGUGUAAGAGGGUUUUUCCUAUUUAACUGGAGUAAAGAUUAUAGUGAAUAUAUGAUGAAAUUAAUACAGUUAUUAGCUGAAAAUAAAAUAAUGAGUGUAGUAGAUAAUGGGCAAUCAGUUAAACCUGGUGGUUUUAAAGGUCUAGAUGAUAUAUCUGACGCCAUAGAGUACAUGUACAGUGGUAAAAAUAAAGGUAAAAUAGUAGUUGAAAUACCUGAAAAGCUCAACAGUCAGCUAUAAAGCAGUAGUAAAUAAUACCAAACAAUAUCUAUAGAAAUAAAAAUGGUGCCAAAAAUUAGUUUGCUCUAUACAAUUACGCAAGUUUGUUUUUCGAAUAAUUAACAGAAUAAGUGCCUUGUGUUUUAAUGGUUGGUUUUACACUUUAUGAUCAAAUUUAGAACACUUUUUAUUUGAAUAAUUUGUUUCAAGGAAUGAUAAGCAUUCAUUCCUUAUAUGGAUAUAACUUCAAAAUUGUUUGUAUUCAAGAACAUCAUUAUAAUAAGAAUGAUAAUCAUUGUGAUUCCUGUCAAUCAUUUGUUUCUUUAAUUCAUUUACCCUUUUUUGGCAUUAAGGGGUGUGUCAUGAUUUCUGUUAAGGUGUAGGAGGUCAUAUCCAUAUUACUCAUAGUUGUACAUGUAAUUAUAAUGGUGUAAAUAUAUUUUGUUAAAAUUUAAUUUGUAUUAAAAA